CUCCAUAUAUUUAAGCCACGGUAUAGGCAGAUGCUCACAAAGCCAGCUAGCACAGCCACAACCUACUCACACCUCAGCCACGGUAUAGGCAGAUGCCCAUGGCUUCUCACGCAUUCCCCCUCCGGCCAUGGCUUGCCUGUCUCUGCAUGGUUACAGUAGUCUUGUUGGCGUCGCCGGCGGCGUCACGUGGCCUUGCCGUUGCCCGUGGCGACCCGACGGAGGGGUUUACAGCGGUGAGCCUGAGCGAGAGCAACUUCGUGCUGCAGCGCCCGUACGACGUGCCGAGCGGCGACCGGUACAGGCUCGACGGCGGCGUGCGGCAGCUGUGGGUGCUGUCCUCCGACAAGCCCCACAGCCCCCAGAGCAAUACCAGCCCAAGAACGGAGAUCAGGAUGACGGGAUACGACUACUCGUCGUGGGUGUGGCAGUUCGAGGGCUACGGCUACGUGCCGUCCGGCACGACGGGCGUGUCCAUCAUGCAGGUGUUCGGCGCCGGCGAGUCCGCCACCACGCUGAUGCUGCACGUCUACGACGGCGCGCUGCGGUACUACGACCGGCAGGUGGUCGAGGACGGAAUCUACGACCGGUGGUUCCGGCUCAACGUGGUCCACGACGUGGACGCGUCGGCCCUCGCCGUGUUCAUCGACGGCGUCGAGCGGCUGCGCGCGCCGGGCCGCGGCGGCGACUCGCACUACUUCAAGUUCGGCGUGUACGCGCAGGACCACGACUCCGGCUGCAUGGAGUCGCGCUGGAAGGACAUCAAGAUCCUCAGGAAAGAUUGAUUUUUGUUGAUGUUUCAAUUCGUGACAUUAUCAUACAAUCUUUAUACGGUUUGUGAUUAUAUGUUGUUCUCGUAUCAUUAUUGUGUAAAAAAGUGAUGUAUAUAUUCUUGA